CUCUAAUGGCUGGACAACAACAACUGUCGGCGAGUGACAAACUUUCCCAAACUUCUACAGAGACAAAAGAAAGUUGGAAGUAGCUAAGUGUUUCGGUUGUAUAUCAGUUUAGGCGCGUUCGUCUGUUAUCUUGUAAUCACAAAUGUGGAAUUACUGAUGGAUCUGAGAUAUGACGUGCCGCGGAGGGCCGCCGGUGGCGGCGGGGGCUCCGCGAACUCGUCCCCCGCUUUGGGGGCUCAGUCGCGCCGCAGGAAGAUGCCUCCGAGACCCGCUGAUUUCAAACUUCAAAUUAUCAUUAUUGGCUCCCGUGGUGUUGGUAAAACGAGCAUCAUGGAGAGAUUUACCGACGACACUUUCUGCGAAGCUUGCAAGUCGACCGUAGGAGUUGACUUCAAAAUCAAGACAGUGGAGCUGAGAGGGAAGAAGAUCAGACUACAGAUAUGGGACACUGCUGGCCAGGAGAGAUUCAACAGCAUCACCUCAGCCUACUACAGAAGUGCCAAGGGAAUAGUGCUAGUGUAUGACAUCACAAAGCAGGAGACGUUUGAUGACCUGCCCAAAUGGAUGAAAAUGAUAGACAAGUACGCCUCAGAGGAAGCAGAGCUUCUCCUGGUCGGGAACAAGCUGGACUGUGAGGCUGAUCGUAUCAUCUCCAGACAGCAGGGAGAGAGGUUUGCUUCUCGGAUAAGUGGAAUGCGCUUCUGCGAAGCGAGUGCCAAGGAUAAUUUCAACGUCGACGAGAUCUUCCUGAAGCUUGUGGAUGACAUCCUUAGCAAGAUGCCUCUGGAAGUUCCCAACAACGAGCUUUCCAACAGCGUCCUGUCUCUGCAGCCUGAACCGGAAGUGCCUCCGGAGUUGCCGCCUCCCCGCAUGCGCUGUUGCUGAGGGUCAGAGUGGUCCCUCAACCCCCCCCCACACACACACACACACACACAAACACACACAGAGUACCAAUCUGGCCACCAGGGGACAGCAAACAGCAGCAGUUUUGACUUUUGUGACUGCAUGGACUCUUUCACCAACCAGUAUUAUCUUCCCCUGUUUCUUCUCCUGUUCUGUAACUGUACACUAUGACACGUACUACACUAACGUUUAGGCCUGGUGAACCACCCACUUCUUACCACCAUUCUGUCUACACUUGACCCAGACUACCUCAUUCCUCGGACCGAUAGGCUAGCUGUGCCCCGCAGGUGCCUUCGAGGUAGAGAGCCCUCUGGUAGCAGUUGCACAUAUAUAAGGAGGGGGAUUAUUGAGGCCCUUUCAGCUUUUUCUUUUCCUGUUUUCUGAAGAACAAAAAAAAAGUCAUCACACAUACUGUACACUAAGAUUGGAAUUGUCUGAGUUGCCUCCGCUGGUAUGUUAUUUCUGCAUCAUCUAUCUUACAGAAAAGGGAUAACAGUAUCUCACAUCACUUCAGCUUAGUUUAAAUUCUGGAUGUAGGUACAGUAGUUUUAUAUUCUUAUUAAUAGGUUUUAUUACCAAGUGAUCAGUUGACUUGAGGUAAACAAAAGCACAUGAUGUAAAUAUUGUGUGUUGCUAUAAUGACUGGACAAGGUGCUGGUCUUUGUGGCCAGCAGUAGGUGGUUGUGUGGCGGCGAUCAUAUCUGUUUGUAUUCCUUUGCUUUGAGGUAAUAAAGUGGCUGGAACGGCUCGUUUCACACAUGUAUAAAUUGUAAUAGUUUGCACUACAAUCCAUCUUACCUUGUUAAACUGACAUGCAGAAAAAGAAAGCACACGGCUUGUAGUUUAGCGUUAGUGAAGAUCAAUGUUGCCUCACCCUGUUGAAGUGGGACAAGAUGCAAGGGCAGAUGGGUAAUGUAGUCUUUGAGAGAUUGGUGUUUUCACAGGUGUGGUGCUGGCUUUUUAGAGGAACUAGAGACAUUAAGUAGUGAGUACACACAUGUGGUUCAAGCCUUUGUUUAGGUUUUGUUACUAAUAUUGCCAAGUCUUUUGUUUUUUGAUGUUUGUCCUCUGAAUUCAGAAACUGCUAAGAGAAGAAUGUUUGAGUGUCCCCUUUUUGGGGUGAAAAGUGCAGGAAGGUAUGUUUAGUAUUUGAAUGGCUCAGGAAACUUUGAUCGGCUCAUAACUGCUCAGUUUGACAGGCUUUUAUUGCAGAUUUGAUAAGGUUUUAUAAUAAAUAAACCUCUUUAUAAAACUCUUGCUUGAAGGGAACAUUAGGUUUUUUUUAGAGGAGGUCCGCUGUUUUUAAUUUAUGAUUUGGCAGUUAUAUCCCAUUACUCGCACGUUUUCAGAAAUACUAGGCUAUGCAUGUUAAGCCCUCCUGUGUUCAUAGACAUGAAUAAUCAUUUAAUUCUUCCGUCUUAUUUGGUAAAUUAAUGCAAUAGGCUAAUGUAGCACUUUGAGUCUUUGUUUUGUUUUUAUAUGUUGAAUGUGGUAAAAGUCUGUGAGUGAGGAAAGACGAGCCCAGUCAAAAGACCUGAUUUAAAAUGACUUAAACUGACUGUCGGUUAAUUUGAUCUUUUGUUUGAAGUUUUAUGUUAAGGUCAAGCUUUUGUGGACUUGAAAUGGCACAUGUAUUCUAACAGAUGAAUAGUUUCAUACCAAAACAAAAAAACGUGAGACCUUUUGCUAACUUAACAGUCACUGACAUCCAAGCACAUGUUGCAGUAAGAUCAUCAGCCAGCAAACGACCUGCGCACACACAGAUUAUCUGCAACUUUAUUACUUGUGUUUUGAAAUGAUGAACUUCUUUUGAUUUUUUUUAACCCCUCCCCCCUCGAUUUUUAGCAUUUCGCACUAACCCUGUGGUCUUUGUUUUAAUAGCCAAGCCUUACUACUACUCAGUGUUUUAAAUUUAAAAACUUUAUUUGAAAUGUGUAUUCUUUAAGAUGGAAGACUGUACUUUGUAUUAAACCCGUUAUACGUCUUUGAAGUUUUGGCAUGUUUAAAGCGGAUUUGUGGUAUUUAUAACUUGUGGCAUUCUUGAACUAAUGAAAUGCAAUUAAAGAUAUCUAUAUUUAUUACCA